AUGGCCUUUGCAACCAGCCCCCCAUUGUUGCUGCUGCUGCUGCUGCUGACUCGGCGCUCCCCGAAAUGCAAUGCACCACAGCCGUCAAUUGCAAUUGCUCCCUACCCAAUGCCUCUCUGGACUAGCGGCCCGAUCUGCGCUCCUCGACAAUAUCCACUCUUGACAGCUGGUCAGCCGAUAGGCCAAUGCAGCCAGAUGAUCCCGUCGUUCGCUGCCCCAUCUUCUCUUUCAGAUGAUGCGACCGACGCCUUUGGGGUCCCUGCAUCCGCCCUACCUGCAACCUGCCACCUGCGAGCACAACAAGCAAAGCCUGCUGCUUGUCCUGCUUGUCCUGCUUGUGCUUGCAUUGCUCGCUUCAAUCACAUCCUCUCCACAUCACAUCCACGUCGUCUCUGCCUAAAAUAG